ACCUUCUGCAGGACUCUCACCAUACCUCGCAGUGGAAUUUAGUUCUGUCAGGUUGUAACUUCAUUGUCUUGGUAUAACAAAGGUAGUGCUCUGCUUACCAGAAAUCCUGACGACCUUCCGGAUUCAUCACUGGCGACGCCUCUGCUGGCACUCCGGACAUUUCCUUGCUUAAACUAUUGCUCUACUUCUGAGCUAUUCUAGACCCUUGUCCUGACUUACAACUAUUGCAUGCGUGGCGUAUUGGACUGGUUUCCCGUCCCUUUGACUGUCAGAGGACUAUAACGUAUAGGCAGUUGCGUUUCUUUGGAAUCGACGCGAUAAGAUGUACGCGCACGGUACUUCCGGCUCCGCGCAUAUACCCCAACCUCCCCACAGUGCGGGACUCUCGUACAAAGGUCUACGGGCUGCAAUUGAUCCUCAUCAAAUUCCGUCACCGAUCGAGGUGGUUGAAGCUGACCAGGAGAAAUGGGAAAACCAGCCGUUCAUGACAUUACCAGGGACUCACCCUCCACUGUCAACGACGGAAUACGUUGCGGUCGAUCAAGGAAAUUCAACGCCGAGAUUCUUGCGCGUCUCGACGUGGAAUUUUCCAAGUACCUCGAGGCUCGCGAACGAGUGUGAGAUCCCUCUCGCCGCUAUCAUACAACCAUUUGCCGAGCAGGCCCCGGGAGAAGAACCGAUUCCACUUGUAGAGACGGGUGAGAAUGGGCCACCGCGGUGUGCUAAGUGUAGAGGGUACAUCAACCCGUGGUGUACAUGGGUAGCGAAUGGUGCAAAGUGGAAGUGUAAUCUGUGUAGUCACGAGACAGAAGUGAAUCCGGAGUACUACUGCGCCCUUGAUUCUAACCUAUUGCGUCUCGAUCACUCCCAGAGGCCGGAACUGAAUAAGGGUACAGUCGACUUUACUGUUCCCGAGGAAUACUGGGCACCUCAUCCACCUCCCAGAAUCACGCCACUCUAUCAGUCUUAUGCUCCUCUAUCUUCCUCAGGCCAUAGGCCUCCUCGACCUAUGGACUAUGUCUUUGUUUUGGAAGUAACCAUGGAUGCUAUUCGAAAGGGCUUUGUUCGGUUGGCUUGUGACUCGAUCUUGCGUGCUAUCUAUGGAGAAACACCGAUAAUACCGUCUUCAAGUCGAAUAUCUAUUGUUACCUUUGACAAUACGAUACAAUUCUAUAACCUUGCUUCCCAUCUAGAAAUCCCACAAAUGCUUGUUGUAGCUGACCUUGAUGACGUUUUCCUUCCUUCUCUCGAUGGCCUCUUCGUCAAUCCUUUGCAGUCUCGAAUAUUGAUCGAGAAGGUGCUGGGCUCGCUUUCACAACGAGACGAGUUUUCUGCUGUGACUGAAUCUUCCCUUGGGUCUGCAUUAUGCGGUUGUCUCUCUGCUCUCGCUGGACGUGGCGGUCAGGUCAUCGUCUUUGCGAGUUCACUUCCCACCAUUGGCGUAGGAGCCCUGAAACCUCGCGAGGACGAGUCUAACAUGUACGACACUGACAAAGAGUCUACACUCUUCCUUCCUAGAGAUGAAGCUUGGAAAGACCUUGGCGAACAAUGUGCUGAGGAGGGUAUAGGCAUCAGCAUGUUCCUGGCGCCUAGUCACAACAUGGACGUAGGCUCAGUCGUGGUUCCGGCUUCCAUGACUGGAGGUGAACUAUUCUAUCAUCCAAGAUUCGAUCCCGUGCGGGACGGCCCAGUUAUGGAUUCCCAACUCCAUCGACUGCUCUCGCGCACAACCGUGUACAACGCCGUGAUGAAAGUCCGGAGCUCUUAUGGAUUCAGAGUCAGUUCUUACCAUGGGAACUACUACGAAAACCCUGCCUCCGAUCUGGAGUUUGGCACUUUAGACGCCGAUAAGGCUAUUUCCAUUGGGCUGGAACAUUCGCGGACACUGGACGAGAGACAAUAUGCUCACAUUCAGGCUGCUAUUUUGUAUACGACCGUUGAUGGUCAGCGUCGUGUGAGGACAUGCAAUGUGGCGCUGCAAGUUGUCGCACUUGCUGGUAGCGUCUUUCGAUUUGCUGAUAUGGACGCUGUGGUAUCUCACGUCAUCCGAGAAGCUAUUUCGAAGCUGUCCAGUCAAAGGAUUGCCUAUAUUCAGGAAGAACUAACUGAGAGAUGUGCUGCUAUCCUGCUUGGAUAUAGACGGAAUUGUGCUGCCUCUACAUCACCGUCGCAACUCAUCAUUCCGGAAGCUUUCAGAGCAUAUCCUGUCUAUACGCUAGCAAUGUUCAAGAGCAAGCCACUCAAAGCACGAUAUGUUUCUUCGGACAUGCGAAACUAUUGGAUCCAUAAGCUUAUGGGCAUGAGCACCCGUUCUAUCAUGCAUCAUCUCUAUCCUCGGUUGAUGGCGUUACAUGACUUGAACGAAACCAUUGCUUUGCCAAGCCCCCAUACCAACCGUGUUGACAUGCCUUCACUCAUGCGAGAUAGUCAUAUAUUCAUGACAGGAUACGGAAUCUAUCUCAUUGACGACGAAGAGACGACAAUCCUCUGGAUUGGAUCAAGUGUAUCGCCACAAUUACUACAAGAUCUUUUCGGAGUAGAAGACGUAGCUGAUAUCAAUCGCAACAUUACCCAGCUUCCUCAAAUUGACUCCCUGCUCUCGACCCAAGUACGCAAUAUCAUUGCUCACAGACGGGUAGAGCGCGGUGGACGUCAGGCAAGGUUCCACAUUGCCAGACAGAACAUGGACGGUGCAGAGAUAGAGUUCAGCGAUAUGCUUGUUGAAGAUCAAAAUAAUGCUGCCAUGUCGUACUUGGAUUAUCUCUGUCUUGUCCAUAAACAAAUCAAUACUGCUUUGACCUCUGGAGGGUCUUUACCAAGCAGUAGCAGUUUCAGAAGUUCUCCUUGGUGACACAAUGUACAUGUUCAAAUCUAAUGCUAUAAUAUGAUUCCUGCUUGCAUUCCACUACAGACACGAGGGGUAUACUUUAAUGGCUCAGGCAUCAACAAACGUCCAGUUCCAUGCCGCGACGCCCCCCGCCUCAGCAGCUGACACUUCAAAGCCACGCCUUGUCCCCAUACUGAGAGAUGAAAGCUCCACUAUCCUUGACUGAUAGUUUGGAGAUGGUACCAAGCAUCAGGGAGACAGAUUGUUCUGGUGUGAGGAACACACCGUUCCACUCCGGGUAACCUGAUUGGAAGACCUUGAUCAUCGGACCAAACGUCGCCUCCACCUCGUUGGCUGUAAACAUAUGGUUACUAUGGUGUCACCGCAUUCCAGAGACCACAAGAGAACUAACGAGGGGCGUUCGCGCUAUUCACUGCGCCCGGCGAGAUUGACAAGAACAGAAUGUUCUCCUGUUUGUGAGCCGCAGCGUACUUUGCCAUGACCAUGUUGGUUGCCGAUUUGGAGGUUGCGUAUGGAGCGAACCACCAGAAUCCGGCGUUAACAGUGAACUCAAGAUCGGAGGCUCCAGUGCUGAUGGUGAUAACCUUCGCGAGGGACUUCUCCGAGGCCUUGCGCAGAAGAGGAAGGAAGACAUUGAUCGUCUUGAUGACGCCCAGCGUAUUCACUUUGAACUGUGUAGAUUAUGUUCAUGAUACAGAAAGGGAAGGACGGGC